GCCCUAGAUAUUAGCACAACUGCUGCAACAAAUAGUUCCAAAUUAAUUUAACUGGUUUAAUAAUCGCGUUUCAAGGACAACUUUAAGUAAUCAACAUGAAUUAUCUUAUACAGCGGGGCAAGGUGCGUCAACAAGCGAUCAGUGUGCCCGAUGGUCUGCCCGAGCUUCUUUCGGAUAUAACGCGGGAAGUGCUACGCUGCCAGCCGACCAAGGAGUGCCUCUGUCAGUUCAUCAUCGACUAUCUUCACUCGUUGAUUGUGACGCGAGAGAAGGCAAUGGUUGCCAAGAGCAUUUUGGAUCGGGCUUUGCGCCAAGUGGACAGCAUUAUAUCUGACAUGUGUAUUUGUGAUCUGUCCAAGGAGAAGUCGGAUAUGAUGGGUCAGGUUAUGGAGGAUUGCUUCCGCAAUUUUCUGGAAAAGCGUCGCUGUGAGAUGCGUAGCAACAAGGAGGCAAUCAAGUUUGCAGACAUUGACAUGCUCGAGGAGCUAAUACAGAAGUGCUCUUUUACUGAGGAAGAACUCGACAUGUCGCGCCCAACAAUCGAGAGCGCUUACAAGCGAUUUGUGGACGCUUACAUGGCCGCAGCCAAAGAUUCUCAAGGCACCGAGAUACUCUAUCAGUACUUCCGAGAUCGUGAACUAAAGCGCAUUCAGGAAAUGAUGCAAUACCAGGCGGCCACUCUCAUACAGGCAGCUUGGCGCGGCUACGUUGUCCGCAGUGCGAUGGCCCAACAUGAGUGCAUCUGCACUUGCAUGCUGGACGAUAGAGAUAAGGAGGAGGAAGCCAGGCAGCAAGAUGCUGCUGCACGUGUGAUACAGAGAUUCUUUAAAACCAUGCUCUUGCGCCAGUCGAUUAAACCGAUGGGAGAUCCUUGCGCGGAAAGAGAAACACCUGGCUCAAAAGAUGGAAGCUUAAAAACAAUCACAACCAUACCUGUAGCCGAAACUCCAAACACUACAGCAAUCGAUACUGAAAAUGUAUCGGAUACUCGGUCAAUCAAGCCCGAUGAUGCAACGGAAACUGCAGAGACUGGCGAAGGUGCACCGGCUGCACCUCCUGGGGAGGCGACAGCAGCGGCUGCCGAGCCUCAAGAGCCUCCACCGGUUGAACCCGAAGCCCCGAAAGCUGAAGAAGCUCCUGAGGUUCCUGCUACUGCUGAGGCCGAACCAGCUGCAGAGCAGCCACCACCGGCUGAAGAGCCAGCACCACCUCCAGCUGAGGAAGCUGCAGCACCACCACCAGCUGAAGAAGCUGCAGCACCAGCUGAGGAAGCGUCGCCCGCUGCAGAGUAGAAUUUUAAAUGCAAAGAUAUUUUAUUGUUAUUUAUUUUUUAUUUCCAACACGCUCUUAUCUUGUAAAUUAGUUUAACGUGUAAUUCAAUAUUCAAAUCGUCCUGAAUGUAGCCUAAGAUUUAGCACUAAGUGUUGCCAAUUAUAAAGAUAGCGUCAAUCAGA